ACACUUUCAUAACUGUUCUAAAGGGAAGAAUUUUUGCUCUGUAUUCCAAGGCACUGAGGUCUGCCUGCCGUCCUUGGGAGCGAGGAAGAAAAAGGGAGGAAAAGUCCCUCUCGCUGGGAGACGGAAUGUCUGCAUUUCCAGUCCUCUUCUUAGCUUGCUGUUCUGUUUGGCUCUGCGAGGCUCAGACCGAAUUCAAGAGAGUGGCAGAAGAAAACGUGACCCUGCCGUGCCACCACCGCCUGGGGCUGCUGGAGCAGGGCAGCCUGGACAUCGAGUGGCUGCUGCACAUCUCCGAGACCGUGCAGAAAGCGGUGAUCACCUACUCCGGGGGCCGUGUUUAUGAUGACCUGAACGAGGAGCAGAAGGGCCGUGUUUCCUUCACCUCCAACUUCCUUGCUGGAGAUGCAUCCUUACAAAUCAUCUCCCUGCAGUCCAGCGAUGCAGGGAAAUACAUCUGCAAGGUCAAGAACGCUGGGCAGUACGAGUGGGCUCGCAUCACCCUCAAGGUCGUAGAGAAACCCUCCAAGCCCAAGUGCUGGCUGGAGGGGGAGAUGCUGGAGGGGAAGGAGCUGUCCCUGCAGUGCCGUUCGGCCUCGGGCACUGCCCCCAUCUCCUACCGCUGGCAGCGCAUCAGCGAGGAGGACGAGAGAGCCGAGCACCUCCCGCCCAACUCCAGAGUCAACAUCUCGAACCCCGGGCAGGUGCUGCUGAAAAACCUCACCCAGAUGAGCACGGGGCUGUACCAGUGCGUGGCCACCAACGAGGCGGGCCAGGAGAGCUGCGCCGUGCAGGUGACAGUGCAGCAUGCACAAAAUAUCGGCAUGAUCGCCGGGGCAGUGUGUGGAGUGGUGGUGGGGCUCUCCCUCCUUUUCCUGGUGGUGAGGUUGACAAUAAGGAGGAAAGAAAAGAAGAGAUACGAGGAAGAGGAGGCACCGAAUGAAAUCAGGGAGGAUGCGGAAGCCCCCAAGGCGCACCUGGUCAAACCCAGCUCCUCUUCCUCCGGCUCCAGGAGCUCCCGCUCGGGUUCCUCCUCCACCCGAUCCACAGCCAACAGUGCCUCCCGCAGCCAGCGGACUUUGUCCACCGAAGCCACUCCUCACCUGACCCCUCCCCAGUACAGCCAGCGGCAGCAGGACAGGAAAGAGGAGCCGAGGAAAGUGGAUUACAGGAUGGGAGCGCCCUCCGUGAUGGUGCCCGCGCAGAGCCGCGCGUUCCAGACCGUGUGAGCAUCCCCGGGCACGGGCAGCACCGCACCCAGCACCAGCCACUGCCAGAGCCACGGUAGCUAGUUCUCUUUUCCUGGUCACCUCAAUCUUAAUCACUCACGGAUGUGGAUUAUUCACACCACGAGAAAGUCCUCCCACUCAAUUCUUUCUGACUUCCAGCACUGAGGUUCUGAUACGGACUUGAGUUGGAUGGAAAAGGGAGUUUCUUUUUAAAUUAUCUUUUUUUUUUUUUUUUUUUUUUUUGAAAAUGGAACCUGAGCAUUUAAAACCUUCACAAAGUGUGAAGUGUACUUCACACUGUACGAGUGAAAAAAAGCCAAACCUCAGGAUUUUUUAGAAGGGAUUAACAGAGAGUGCAUAAUAAUCCAGAAAGGUUCUGUGGGGAGGGAGAAGCCUCUUGGACUGAUUUUGGAGAAGUCUCUCGAAGAUGUGUUGUCUUAAGUGAAGAUUUUGAGGCUGGGGGUGUCCAGCCUCAAAGAGAACUGACAGGUGCUUCACACUUUCUGCAUUCAGUGAAAUACUGGAGGCUGUAACUAAAGUGGAAAUUAAAGGAUCACUCCCGAAGGACAAGAGAUGCAGCAUUAAGGUGUCUGAACUCAACUCUGUACUAAAGAGAAAGGACCUUUUCUGUCAAGAAAACAGAGGUGCUUUAAUUGCCAGAAUCAACUUAGGGCCAGGAGCCUGACUCUGCUUGCAUGGGCAGCACUGCAGAGCCACGGGAGCCCCUGGGGAGGGGUGGCCGUGGCUAAUGAGCCUUAGGGAGAGGAGAACUGGGCACUGAACCCAGCAGGGAGGCAGUGCCCGACUGGGGAGGGACACCAAUGUACCAAAAAGCCUGGAUGGAGCGUUUGGAAGAGCUCUCAGUUAUUGCCAGCUGGAGAAUUGGCCGGGUUUGGGGAGAGCCAGGUUUGUGCUGGAGAAGCCUUAUGGAAAGUUCUUCCCAAGACUGAACAAACUGCACUCCUGAGCUGACCCCAGGGAAGGCCUGAAGGAUUCCCUGGCAGAGGAAAACACACCUGGGACAGGUAAACAAGCACCAAACGCUGCUCCCGUUAGGAAAUCUUGGUGUGUGUUGUCCCACUCUUACACCAAAUGCUGGGCCAUGUGCCAGAGCUGAGGCUUAAACCUUUAGCAGGACUCUUAAAAAAUUCCAAGAAUUGUAAAAAAAUAUUUUUUUGUGAGCAACCAGGUUAAGCAUUUCCACGGAAUAUGAAGUUUGGAAAGGAUGGGAGGUAGGGACAGAUGCAGAAUUCUGUCGUUGAUAUUUUCCUCUGAAGGACUUGGCUCUGACCACUGCUACACACAAGACACUGAGCUUGUAGGUUCUAGAUUCCUGUAUUCCUAGACUGAUGAUUUUCUAUUUAAAAAAUGAGAGUGUUUGGGUUUUUUUUCCCACUUGAGGGAGGGAAAGGGUUUCUCCAAUUUGUGGAAAGAGCCUACAGAAGAUGGAUGAGCACAGAACCACAGAUCUAUAAUUCUUUCACUCCAGGGUUGUCAUUAAUCUCCUUUUCUGACUGAGACCCAGAAUUCUAAUUUCUUUACUUGAGAUCUUUGACAACCUGAUCAAAGGCAAGCCCUGCUCAGGCUACUUCCACAUGGGAAAGAGCUUUCAAACUUGCCCUACACUAUGUGAGAACUCUUCCUAGGAGCAGUCACUCAAAAUUCCAUUGCCUUCUCAACCCCAGAUUUAACCCUUAGUAGGACAAAUUACUGAUGCUGUGCAGGGAAAACCAUCCCAGUUUC